GAUAGCCAUUCACUUGCCGUCACCGAUCACUGCGCAGAAGUACAGAAUGGAAACGCUAUACGAAGGCCCGCACGACGACGAGGCAGCUGUUGCCGUCAAGACGUGUAAUCCUGAGGGACCGCUAAUGAUGUACAUCUCAAAGAUGGUGCCGACUUCAGACAAGGGACGCUUCUAUGCGUUCGGUCGUGUCUUCUCCGGUAUUGUGUCGUCGGGACAGAAGGUGCGGAUAAUGGGACCCAAUUACGUUCCCGGAGGCAAACAGGAUUUGGUCGAGAAGGCUAUUCAACGAACUGUGCUUAUGAUGGGUCGUAACGUUGAGUCCAUUGAGAACGUGCCGUGCGGUAACAUUUGCGGUCUCGUCGGUGUGGAUCAGUUCCUCGUGAAGACCGGAACGAUCUCUACGUUCAAAGACGCGCAUAACAUGAAAGUAAUGAAGUUUUCGGUGAGUCCUGUCGUUCGCGUUGCCGUUGAGCCCAAAAAUCCGGCGGAUUUGCCAAAACUGGUCGAAGGACUGAAACGAUUGGCGAAAUCAGAUCCUAUGGUUCAGUGUAUUAUUGAAGAGUCUGGCGAACACAUCGUCGCCGGCGCCGGAGAAUUGCAUCUCGAGAUCUGUCUGAAGGACUUGGAAGAAGAUCACGCGCAGAUCCCCAUCAAGACAUCUGAUCCAGUGGUCACUUACAGAGAGACUGUGGCUGAAGAAUCGCAUAUUACAUGUCUCUCGAAGUCUCCAAACAAACACAAUCGUCUAUAUAUGAGAGCGGCUCCACUGCCCGACGGAUUGGCCGAAGACAUCGAUGACGGAAAGGUGAACCCAAAGGAUGAGUUCAAAGCGAGAGCUCGAUUCCUGUCCGAUAAGUACGAGUGGGACGCGACUGAAGCCCGAAAGAUCUGGGCGUUUGGACCCGAAGGCACCGGACCUAACCUU